AUGGCAAAGUUUGCACGUACAGACGCGAAUAGGAACCUUGAGACAUUGUUGGACUUGGAUAAAACUGCUCCAGGGAAUAAAAAUAUUACGAGGCAGCCUACACGGAAGUUGAUUCCAGGCCAUGGCCUUGAAUUCAAGAACUUAUCAUACAGCGUCUUGAAGAAACAAAAGAAAGAUGGUGUGUGGAUCACCAAGGAAACUUAUCUUCUCAAUGACAUUUCAGGGCAGGCCACGAGAGGUGAAAUUAUGGCCAUUAUGGGGCCUAGUGGAGCCGGCAAGUCAACUUUUCUUGAUGCUUUGGCUGGUCGGAUAGCGCAGGGGAGUCUUGAAGGCUCUGUCAGAAUCGACGGGAAACAAGUGACAACCAGUUAUAUGAAGAUGAUUUCAUCCUAUGUGAUGCAAGAUGAUCAGCUCUUUCCCAUGUUAACUGUUUUGGAGACAUUCAUGUUUGCAGCAGAAGUUCGGCUUUCUCCAUCUAUCUCCACUGCUGAAAAAAAGAAAAGAGUUAUUGAACUUCUUGAUCAGCUUGGUUUGACAAGUACAAUGCAUACAUACAUCGGCAACGAAGGUAAUAGAGGAGUCUCUGGGGGAGAAAGGCGAAGGGUGUCUAUUGGGAUUGACAUAAUCCACAAACCAUCACUUUUGUUUCUUGAUGAGCCAACAUCAGGUCUUGAUUCGACGAGCGCUUUUAGUGUCGUUGAAAAGGUGAAGGAUAUUGCAAGAGGUGGCAGCAUAGUCCUCAUGACAAUCCACCAGCCUUCCUUCAGAAUACAAAUGCUCCUGGACCGUAUCGUAGUUCUUGCAAGAGGUAGACUGAUUUACAUGGGAAGUCCAGAUGCGCUGCCUUCCUACCUCUCUGGAUUUAAAAGGCCAGUUCCAGAUGGUGAAAACAGCAUUGAGUAUCUUCUGGAUGUGAUCAAAGAGUAUGAUGAAUCAACUAUCGGACUUGACCCGCUCGUUCUGUACCAACGUGAUGGGAUCAAACCGGACAGAGUGGCUAUGACCCCAGUUCGAAGAACACCGAGAAGGCCUAAGACUCCACUCACAAAGAGUCCCUGGUCUAGAUUUAUCAGCCUCCAUAGCAGCCAGUUUUCAAAUGGAAACAUGACCCCUCGAGCACAAUCAAGGCAGUUCGAUUCUAACAAUGAUGAUGGAGAAGAUGAUGAAGAAGACUUUGAUGCUUCGUUGGAACGAAAAAGCAGGAUACCUCAUACGCCCAUGAGCAUGCAUAGUGGAGUCUAUCAUCCUCGGUUGGCUUCUCAGUUCUACAAAGACUUCUCAGUGUGGAUCUAUCAGGGUGUCAGGGGGACCCCCCGCCGGCCUCCAACAUGGACUCCAGCAAGAACCCCCAGGCAAACUCCUAUGUCCAGUUCAAGAAGUCAUAUAUCAAACCAUUACCCCACUAAUCAUAGGAACCCUCCACAUACAAAAACUCCAACAGUCUUUAGCCCUGCACCUGAUUCAUAUGCACCUUCUUAUGAAGAAUUGAACAUAGCAGAAGAAGUACUUGAUGAGCCUGAGCACAGGAACAAAUUCGCCAACCCCUGGCUACGUGAAGUGGCGGUUCUGUCAUGGCGUACGGGCCUCAACGUGAUCCGUACCCCAGAGCUAUUCUUGUCCCGCGAGAUUGUCUUGGCAGUAAUGGCUCUGGUUCUGUCAUCCCUUUUCAAGAAUCUUAACAAAGAGGACUUUAAAACCAUCAACCGCCUUCUUAACUUCUACAUCUUUGCCAUCUGCCUCGUCUUCUUCUCUUCCAAUGAUGCUGUCCCAACUUUCAUCCAAGAACGAUUUAUCUUCAUACGCGAAACGUCCCACAAUGCUUAUCGAGCUUCAUCUUAUGUCAUCUCCUCCCUCAUAGUGUACCUCCCAUUUUUUGCAGUCCAGGGCAUCACAUUUGCAGCAAUUACCCGAUACAUUCUCCGCCUGAGGUGUAACAUCAUAUACUUCUGGCUGAUCCUCUAUGCUUCACUUAUAACCACGAAUGCUUAUGUGAUGCUUGUGAGUGCAAUGGUUCCAAGUUAUAUCACCGGUUAUGCAGUAGUUAUAGCCACAACAGCUCUCUUUUUCUUGACUUGCGGCUUCUUCUUGAAAUCAUCACAAAUUCCCAGGUACUGGAGAUGGCUGCACUACAUAUCUGCAAUCAAGUACCCUUUUGAGGCACUGCUGAUAAAUGAAUUCAAGGGCACGAAGUGUUAUCAAGGCAAACCUGAAGACCUUUCACCUGGCCCUCUUGGAGAGAUAAGGAUCAGCCAACUGCAUAAUACAUCAUCAGCUGUAGCUCAGGAUCCAAAGUGCAUGUUGAUUGGUGAAGAUGUUCUAUUCACUAUGGAUAUUCAUAGCAUCGAGAGUAUUUGGGUUGACAUCGGCAUUCUGCUGGCAUGGGGAGUUCUUUACCGGCUUUUCUUCUAUGUGGUUCUCAGGUUUUAUUCCAAGAAUGAGCGAAAAUGACGACUUGUAUCCUUCUUUUAACUUGAAGAUCUCCCAAAAUUCAGAUUUCUAUGACAGGAAGCACAUAAAAGAUUGUACCACAAUGACUUCAUUCCAAUAUUUUAGAUCUAAAAGCAUAGUUUCUCAAGGUAUGAAGAUUGCAUUCUCGGAAGGAGGUAUAAUCUUCGUCAGCUUGGAAAUGAAAAUUUUCUUGUACCCAAAAGGAGUAAUCUUGUAGCAGUAGUUCAGAUUAUGUUUGAUUUUUGUGUUCGCUCUAUUCUAGAGCAUCCAUCACACUACAAACUUCAAGGGUUAAACCAUGUCAUAUCCUAACAUAUUUUGUUUGACUCAAGUACUUAAACAGAACUGAAGAUUUCAGACAGGCAACAAAUGCUCAUAAUCUUUCAUUUCACAAUGUCUAAGGGCAGAGAUCAAGGAGCCCUCAGAAAUACUACAAAUCAACAAAAGCUCGACACAGUGUGUCCUCCAUCUCCAUGUUUUGUCGUUAGUUAUUUAACAAUUUUCAAUACUCUUACCCCCUCAACUUUUAAGUAGAAGUGCAUAAAAUUCUUCAUAAGUACAAAAUUUGGUUAAUCCACUACUUCAUUGUAUUGUUGCCUUUGAGAACAAAUUCUAUAAUACUACAACAAACACACAAGGGAAAGCAUGAAGAAAACAAGACCGCUGCAUGUUAUCAGAAAGUCAAUCAUUUAAUCCCUUCAGUUUGCAAAACUGCAAAGAAUGUGAAUUACACAGAAAGAUCAUGAUCUCUAACAUGAAUAAAGCAACAAUUGUGCAGAUGCCAUGUGAUAAUGCUUCAGUUCUUCAAAUGCAAAAUAUUUGCUUUAUCCCCAUUUUCUUAACAAGGUUCGCAUGGGCCAUAUCGACAUCAAUUAUUAUAUCAGCUUCUCUGCUACUGUUAAUCAAGAAGAAACUUGGAAUGCUGUAGACAUUCCACUCAAUAGCUACAUACUUUGCCUUGUCGGUAUCAACUUUCAGAAACACGACUUUUGGAUAUUUUGCAGCCAAGCUUGCAUAGUGGAGCCAUGUAAUGACAGGGGCCGGACCAUGUUGCAGUAAAAUAAACAACUGCAAGUGGGGACAAAUUUGAAGCAGCCCUCAACUUGAUUCCAAUUUCACUUGAAGACUUAAUCUCAAUUACCUUU